GUGGCUAAGGGAAAGGGGGACCUGGACCGGGACAAGUGUCAUUGCCUCAUGAGGUCUCCCUCGGGAUACCAGUUGGACCUCUGACAGGGAGAUGGUUUGUCUGGGAGCCCUGGGAGGGAUGCCAUUGUACAUGAUAAAUAAAGGCAGUUAUUAGGAUAUGUGUGUGGUUGUUACGUGGUGGGAAGUGCAAAUUCAGAAACCGGGGAGGAGGGAAAGGGACAGAAGUCAUGGUGAAGGAGGCAGCAAGGGGUCUGGAACACAAGAUGGAUGAGUACAUGGAACAAAUUAAAAUUUUCAUGCCUGGGGGAGCCUGAGUGGCUCAGUUGGUUAAGUGUCUGAUUCUUGAUCUUGGCUCAGGUCUUGAUCCCAGGUCGUGAGUUUGGACCUUGCACUGGGUGUGAAGCGUACUUAAAAAAAAAAAUUCCAUGCCUGCUUUCUAAGUUAGCUUAAAUCACCUUUUUCAUAGAUUUUUAUUACUGCCCAAAAGGUUCAUUUCAAUUUCUAGCCCAUAAUUCCAACAGUUUUACUUAAAAGAAAAAAAAUUCUAGUACCUUCACUUAAUUCAUGGCAAAGAUAGAGCAUUCUCUGUUCCUUUGUCCCCCAAAUCUACAGAACUCCAGCAAAACCACAUAUAUUGCUUCCUGUGUGAUCUUACUGACAAUUUCUUACUGACAAGUAAUUCAUUUGAAGCUCAGGUGAAAUCUCUUGACUGAAAACUGGUGCCGUGUGUGUGUGUGUGUGUGUGUGUGUGUGUGUGUGUAGGUGUCUUCUAAUUUUCAGCAGCAUGUAUAGUAUCUAAUAAAAACAGUCCCGGAAUUCUUAAGACUUGAUGGCAGUAAUUGCUCACUGGUGCUGUGAUGGGAUGUGGGUGUCUGUGUAGGACCUGGAAAGGUGACUGUGGCGUUACCCUGGUGACUGAGCGGUAAGACCUGGAACUGUUGGCAGUGGUGCCUCCCAGCCAAGCGUCUUGCCCGGUGCUGAGCUCCAGGCAGCAGCUGCCGUGGCUCACAGGAGCUCCAUGCUCCUUCCCCCUCCUAUUGCCGAGGUCCUGGGACUGCCUCCUUUUUUUCCUUUUCCAGGAUUGGUUGUUUAACUCUUCUUUCAUUUCCAAGAAAUGUAGCACAGUAUCCUUCCAGUAAAUUCCCCUUCAACUAGCUAGCCUUGUUUUAUGUUGCUUAUAACCCAAAGAACUUGUUAGAACCCAGAUCCUUGGGUUGUUUACAGUGUUUUACUGUUAUUUGUGCAACUUGUGGGAUGAUGUGUGUAUAUACAUCCUUGUUCAUAUGCCAUAUUUCCCAUUUUUCUUGAGAUGGAAUUUCAGGGUCAGAGGGCACCCAUUACUACUUUGGCUGGUUUAUUUUGCCAGCUUGGUCUCUACCAGGUUCACUGAUACACAUUCCCACUAGUCACUGUGUGCAUGUCCUGUCUCCCUGCAUCAUCACACAGGUGACUGUAACCAUGUAUUUAAUUUUUGCAAGGUUCAUAGGGGAAUCAUUGUGGUAAUUUGCCCUUUUUCCCCCCUCUCUGCUGUUAGGGAACUUGAAUGAUCUUUUCAUAUGCUUAUUGGCCAUUUGGAUUUCUUUUGUGACUGUAUCUUUGUCCCUUUUUUUUUUUUUUUCCAUUAGGGCAUUCAUCUUCUUUCUCUUAAUGUGUUAGCACUUUUCACGUAAAGGAUCCUUCAUCAGAUGUGUUAGGAAAAUAAUUUCCUAAUUUGUCGUUUGCUUUUCAACAUUAAUGUGUUUUUGAAAUAGAGAUGUUUAAAAUUUGGAAGUGGUUGAAUCAAUCUUUUCUUUAAUGGAAAAGGCUUCUAGAGUGUUCUGGAAGGGACUGCAGUGUGUUGGUUAGUACCUUGUAACAUAUAUAUCUGUGCUGUUUUGAUGGUAGGAUCAUUGUGUCUGCUAAAUACAUGUUAGCUGCGAACUGGAGAGAAGCGUAUCGUUUGUGUAUUACUUCACUAGUUCAUUUUACCCAGCAUUUCCCAAGUGCCUACUUUGUGGGUGGCAUGGGGGAUGUGUGUGUGCAGGGAAGGAGUCAGCCCUGGCUAGGGGAGGGGACCUAGCUGUGCCUGAAGAAGUGCCGGGUGGUGGUGUGAGGGCAGGGGCACCGCCUGCCUUUUCCUGACUUGUCUGCUUUCUCCCUCCCUUGCCCCUCAAGGACAUCUUUCACCGUCAUUCAGCACUGUGAAUGGCCAGAGUGCUUUCGGUAUUUGUUUUAAUAGCCUCUUGUUGGGUACCAUAAGUAAGCUCUGAAAUCAGAAGUUUAAAUUCUGUUUUUAUUUAAGCAUUUUACCAGAUGUUUCCUGUGGUUUGACAGAUGUACCAUUUACUCGAAAGUUACACUCCUGAGAUUUUGAAUGUUAUGGACACUGUUGCUAUAGACAAUGAUUCUGUCAGGGCAGGAUUUGGAAGACAACUUUCGAAUCAUUUUUGAGUUGAAGAUGUGUGUUUACCCAGAACAGAAAUGCCGGUCUUCAUAAUCCGCUUUUCCUUUCUCUGUUAGCAUCCUGAUCUCCGGUUUAUGAAAGACUGUAAGCUAUUAAUUAGAGUUUGUUCCAAUAAACACUGUUGUGCCUCAGUGGGGAUUACUUUCUGAAAGCAGCCGGACUCCGGUGCCUCCAGGUUUUGUUUGCAAAACUCACCUGGGUCAAAACGAACUCAGAUGGUGGGCAGGAGAUGAUUCAAAGUGGGUUGAAAAUCUGGCUUGAUGCCCCUGUUGGUGGGCCCCUUGACGCUGGGGUACUGUCGAUGGAGACGGCUGCAGACAUGGUAGUUUUUUGCACCCACUGAAUGCCUGUGAAGAGAAAAGCAAGUACUGCUGGGGUACCUUUGCCUCCCCCCUGCCCACAGUCAGCGUUUCUCUGCAGCCCGAGUCCUAACAGAAAAGAGCCUCUGAUCCAGGAUUCUGCUGGUGGGAGGAAAGCAGAAGGAAGUUGCUUCCUAUGAAACACAAGUGAGACUGAGUUGUGGCUGCAGCGCAGGAAAAAUGGGGAUUUCUGACAUUCCUUCACUGAGGGCCCAGAUGCAAGGGGUGCCAUGGAGGUGCAUGCAUGGUGCCGUCAGGGCUGGCUCCCUUCUCCGGCAACCUUCCUCUCCUGUGUUUUGUUUAGCCUUAUUUAGAGUUAUAUAAAAGCCUUAUGCUAUGGAAGAUGGAGAAACAAAGAAAGAGGAAAUCGCAUGCUAUAAUUCUGACAGCACAUCUAUUUGCGCACGAAAUGGAACUGUAACGAUGCAUGUAACGUUUUGGCAAGACCCCCUCUGUAAAUAAACCCUCCCAGGAGUUACUAACCUAUCCCAGGACCCACAGGAAACUUUUCCUUGCAGUGUGGGGGCAGGCAGGCCCCUUACCUUACAACUCUCCUCCUAGACGGGGACUCUUAUUCUGACAGGCGAUCUGCCUACCCACUUUUGUGCCUGGGCCUGCUUGCCAAGUUUGUGAGGCCCAAGGCUUUCUUGUGGGAGGACGCGGGGCUGUCUUCAUGCUCUUUGGCAAUGAUUAAAGUGAGGAACAAGACUGCCAACGGAGACUGCCGAAAAGACCCCCGGGAGCGCAGCCGCAGCCCCAUUGAGCGUGCCGUGGCCCCCACCAUGAGCCUUCAUGGCAACCACCUGUACACGUCCCUCCCCAGCCUCAGCAUGGAGCAGCCCCUGGCGCUGACCAAGAACAGCAUGGACGCCAGCAGGCCGGCUGGCAUCGCGCCCUCGCUGACCCCUGCGGAGCGGCAGCAGAACCGGCCUUCGGUGAUCACGUGCGCCUCGGCCAGCACCCGCAACUGUAACCUCUCGCACUGCCCCAUCGCGCACAGCGGCUGCGUGGCGGCUGGGCCAGCCAGCUACCGGAGGGCCCCGAGCUCCACCACCACCUGUGACCCCGUGGUGGAGGAGCACUUCCGCAGGAGCCUGGGCAAGAACUACAAGGAGCCCGAGCCGGCGCCCAACUCGGUGUCCAUCACGGGCUCCGUGGACGACCACUUUGCCAAAGCCCUGGGUGAUACGUGGCUUCAGAUCAAGGCGGCCAAGGACGGCGCAUCCAGCAGCCCCGAGUCAGCCUCACGCAGGGGCCAGCCCUCCAGCCCCUCGGCGCACAUGGUCAGCCACAGUCACUCUCCCUCCGUGGUCUCGUGAAGGGAGCACACCACCCUUGAACAAGAUGUCAAUCUGCAUGGUUUGCCUGAGCUUUGAACAGUCAGUGCUUAAAACACAGAAAAAAAAAAAAAAUUUGUGGGGGGGUGGGGUAGGGGGAAGGGUAGGGAAGGGAUGGUUUAUUCGCAAAAACCAUGUCGUUGGGAUUUUUGUUCUGUUUUGUACUUGCUUGGUAUUCGUACCUGGGGGCCCUCCGACACGAGAGCAGGAGCUGCACGUGGAGCAUCCGAUGUAGCGUCCUACCUUCCUGCCUCAGUUACCAAAGAGACCUCUGAUGCAGGUCCGCUGCCCUGACGGGGGCCAGGACUCCAUGGCGCACGCUUUCUCAGUCACAGGCCAUGACGUUGGUGACUCAAAUGCUUUGUGCUUUUUAUUUGCUUCUCGAGACCAGGGUGUGUGUGGCUUAGCUUCCAUUGCGUGUUUGGUCUGGCCCGCGCGCGCAUGCGCGCGCGCGUCUACUUGAAGAGAACAGAGAACUGUCGCGUCUGAUUUGCACUAUUGGAGGAGGGCUAAAGUUGCCUGCCUGACAACUUUAUGUGAGAUGCUAGUACUCUGAGGGCAAACUGCUGAAAAACAAAGGGUUUAAGGAUGACAUUUCUGACCAUUUGUGUUUUUUUUGUUGUUUUUUUUUUGUUUUGUUUUAAUUUAGACAAAACAGCUUUGGAAGGGGAAGUCUCAUACAGGUUAUAGGUCUUUCUCUCUAGAUUUCAGGUGCUCGCAACUGGACUGCAGACUCUACCAAUCACGGGCAUUUUUACCUUUCCUAAACACUGCAGUUUGUUAGACUAGAGCUGAGGUUGGACGAUUCUAUAGUGCUUUCAACGUGAUGCAUGUUUUAAUGGAGAAAAAUAGCUGGUUUCUAUUAAUUGUAUAGAUAGUAAACAAGAACCUUAAUACUUACUAGCUUCUUUUCAGAAUUAGUUUAUUUUUGUCAGUUACAGUCCUAGAUAUACGUACUGCUGGUACAGUUGGACUCUGAGAUUUGUGUUUGGUCGUCACACUACUCCUGAGCAGCGCGGGGCCGCCCGGCCCUGGAGACGGGCAGUCGAGUCAUUGAUCAGCCGCGGUGCAGGAUGCUGGAGUUUUUGCUGCCGGCUGACAUUUAUUUUUUGCAUCCCUGUCUGCUUAUUACUAGUGCCCAGGGGAGUUGGGAUUUGUGUCUUCCAACUUCCCUCCAUGCAGAAACUGUUCCCUUUCAACCCUUUUGGCUGAACAGCAGAUUACUGACAAUCUGUGAUAUGGUAUUUUGUGUGCUUCCUCGUACGCUGGGGCCAAGGCAGUAUACAUUCCUCUGACUUUAUACAGUUAUUACUGCAUUUAUUAUUGUUUGCUAUAGUAAUAGCUACUAACUAGAAAUUAGGCAAAGAAGAAAGCAUGACGGACACAGCUGUGGAUGUUCAACAGCUGCUCCUCUUUUUUGUGUUAAACGUACAUUUCUAUCCCCCCACCCCUCCACCGUGCGACAUUCCAGCCUCACCCACCAGAGGGCUUAAGAAGACACUUGCCCUGGUGACACAGGCAUGACCGCCUCCCCCCCCCCCCCCGUGAGGCACCGUGGACUCGCGGGAGCCCUCCAGGCUGGUUUUCAGUGUAAGAAAAAUACAAGUUAGCUGGUUAAUUUUGAAAAUGGUCACUGGGAAAAAAAGGUCAGCGGAUUGGCUCUUGCUGUGGUCACAGGGUGGCCGCAGGUCUUUCAAAAGGCGAAAGAAAAGCCCUUCUCCUCUUGCCCCUGCACACAUUUCACUCCCACUUACUGGGCUUCCAGGCUUUCGCGUUCAGGCCCCUAUAUUUUCUGUAGGAAGAAAUCAGUGAGAACACUUUUUUUAUAUAGGUAACUUUAAGACCAUCAUUACGCUGUGCGUAAAGAAUGUACAGAGAAAUUUGUAGGUAUUUUUUGAAGAACAAUUAAUUUGUUAAUGAUAUGUAGCUAUUUAAUUUUCCCCUUUCCUAUUGUAAUCAUUUUUUUUUUUGGUUUGGAAAAAAAAGUUGAUCUUUUUUUUUUUUUUUUUUGUCGUAGAUUUGUCUGUAAAAGUGCAGGAACACAGUUAUUCUAUGAGAACACUGCAUCUGCCUUAAUAGCCACUAGUUUGUUAUUGCUACAGGCUACUGAGCGUUCACAGGAAAACAACCCCACUGCCGGUGGGCUCUGUGAAGAGCAGGCUCCUGGGACAGCCAUCUAGUCUGUCCCCAAGCGAGGCCGUUGCUUUGGGAGGAACGGCCCCAGGGCGCUAGCCUAUCUGGGAUAGGCGGUACCCUGGAGGGGCACCGGCAAGUGGGGAAGCAGAAAACCAAACAUUUCACUGGGAAAGGACACACUCCCUGGCCUCGGGAGGAGCACAGUGAGUUCUUCACAGAGCCACGCCGUUGCAGUGAGUUCUGACCGUUCUCUCCAUGUUUGUAAAUCUGUAAUAUACCAUUCUCUGUGGCCUGUUUUCCUGGAAGAAAAAAAAAAGGUUUGGCAGGCCAUCUUUUUUUUUUGUACUUAAAAGUAGCCUUAAGAACAAUAAUAAAGUGCUCUUAAACCA